UUUUCUGCAGAGACAAGCCCCCCUCUCCCCACCCUUUAAAACACACCACAAAAUCACAACAAAUAUACAAAAACCUCACCUCCAAACUCUGAUAUUUCCCCGUGGAAUUUAAGAAUCGCCCGUUUAAUCGGAACUGCUGCUUCGUUUUUUUACCGCACAAUCUCCGGGGCUCCGAGGUUAGCGUUAGCCCGUUAGCAUCUCCUCCGUCUCUGCCUUCACCUCUGCGCCUCUUUACCGCUGGCGGCUCUGUUCCUGUCCCGGCCUGGACUCGCUCUUCUCUGGUCUGUGUCGCGUGUGGGGCUCCAGUGUUUCUCCUCCAGACCGAGCUGUGUCCCGGCCCUGUACGAACCCCAUGAGACCUGCGGGGGGCGCCGCGCUCUAGAGCCAGCGAUGCCCGGUCCCACUCCUGCCUCCAGCAAAGCACGGGUCUACACAGACGUCAACACACACAAGAACCGCGAGUACUGGGACUACGACGCCUACACGCCCAACUGGAGUAAUCAGGACAACUACCAGCUGGUGCGGAAACUGGGCCGAGGGAAAUACAGCGAAGUGUUCGAAGCCAUAAAUGUCACCAACAACGACAAAGUGGUCGUCAAAAUACUCAAGCCGGUGAAAAAGAAGAAAAUCAAAAGAGAAAUCAAAAUAUUGGAAAAUCUAAAAGGAGGAACCAACAUCAUCCGACUGGUGGAUACAGUGAAAGAUCCAGUGUCUCGAACGCCAGCGCUUGUUUUCGAAUUCAUCAAUAACACAGACUUUAAGGAGCUGUACCAGAAGCUGACAGAUUAUGACAUUCGUUUCUACAUGUUUGAGCUGCUAAAGGCCCUGGACUACUGUCACAGUAUGGGCAUCAUGCAUCGAGACGUGAAGCCGCACAACGUCAUGAUCGACCACCAACUCAGGAAGCUGCGUCUCAUUGACUGGGGUUUGGCGGAGUUCUAUCAUCCUGCUCAAGAGUACAACGUCAGGGUCGCAUCGCGUUAUUUCAAAGGCCCCGAGCUGCUAGUCGACUAUCAGAUGUAUGACUACAGUCUGGACAUGUGGAGCCUGGGCUGUAUGUUGGCCAGUAUGAUUUUCCUGAAGGAGCCAUUUUUCCACGGACAAGACAACUACGACCAGUUGGUGCGCAUUGCCAAAGUCCUGGGCACAGAUGAGCUGUUUGGAUACCUGCACAAGUACCACAUCGAGCUGGACACGCGCUUCAAGGACCUGCUCGGACAACAGUCCCGUAAACGCUGGGAGCAGUUUGUGCAGCCGGAGAACCAGCACCUGGUGAGUCCUGAAGCUCUGGACCUGCUGGACAAGCUCCUGAGAUACGACCAUCAGACCAGACUGAGCGCAGCCGAGGCCAUGCAGCACCCGUACUUCUUUCCUGUUGUGAAGGAACAGACCAACGCCAACUCAGACGGAUCCAAGGCAGUGAACUCGAACGCCACAUGAUACUUACUCAACAGGAUGAAUCUUUGUUACCUCAGCUUGUGAUGUUUCCAACAGCCUCUGGUUCAACUCGACGGCCAUAAACAGAGCAGGACUGUACCCCAAAUACCCCCAAAUAUACCCCAGAUAUACCCCUUAAAGUACCCCGAGUACCCUCUUUAAGUCCCCCCCAUAGACCCUGACCCAGUCUGAAACCACGCCCAGUCCCUCUACUUUAUCAACCCGCGUAUUUAUAACUCUACACUGUACAGAGUGACUUAUUUUUAGGCAAUAAUCUUAUUCCAAUGUACAUUUGUUAUUAACAAAUGCAAUGAACGGCGUAUACCAGUUUUAUUCUUUAUGUAUGAGAUCGUAGUUACAUAUUUAUAUUAUAUAGGAGAAGCAGAUGUAUUGUUACAGAGGUUUACAGAUUGUUUACAUGUACAAGUGUCAAAAAGUCACAGGGACUUGAAAUUCAGGGCAAAACGUUGUUGAAAUUUAGUUGAAUAGACUUUAUUCAAAUGAGUCUGAUUCUGUUGCGUCGGGAACUCGUGCCUCUAGGGGGCAGCGUGUCAUUAUUUACUGAAGAAGGAGCAGAGAAAGAAAGAAAGAAAAAUCUUGUUUAGAGCUGAACUAUUUUAUUUAAAGAGGGGGUAUUACGCAUAAGCUUGACUUUUCGUAGCUUUCCGCCGUGUUAUAACGUCGCUCCCUCAUCGAAAAACUGCGUCCGAAGUGUUUUUUAGAGUCGUAUGUGCAUGUUUGAGUCAUUUAGCGAUCUUUCCCAUGCCCCUUAGCUGUAAGAUUCUGUAAAAUUUUUUGUAAAUGUACAAAAAUGUGAUGCAAAAAAUGCGAUGCAAAAACUACUCGCGACGACUUCACAAACCUGAGUAGUUUCGUUAGAGGGGCGCGCGCUGACGGUGUUGUGACGGCGCUCUGAAGGGGGAGUGGGUUAGCGCAGAGAGCAAACAGAGGGGGAGACCUAUAAAUCAUGUUAAUGCAUUGUUUUCGGCGAACGCGGCAUUUUCAAAACGAUAAAAAGCAACACGGUGAUUCUAAAUGUGUAACGUAGAAGUGUAAUACCUCCUUUUUCAUUUGUUUUCUUCGGACGAGUGUCGCCAUCGCGUUUAGAUUAGGAGUUGAUUCGUUUUUUAAAGCUGUAACAUGUAACUUUCCUGGUGGCGCUGGUCCGCUGUCGUCCCGUCUCCACGAAGGCGUCGCUGCUUUGCCCGGAAUAUCCCACAGUUUGGCAUUAAACGUACAGUAUAACCCUGCAUGGAUACGACUAGAAGAAGCCACCGGGCUGAGUUACAGGUCGGAUCUGUGGAGAGCAGAGUCCACGUUUUUUCCAAGUAUGUUGUAGCAAUAACUGUAAAUCACCUGUAAAUGAAGAAAAGCAGAGAUGUUUAAUGCCGUUAAUGUUUAAGGGCUGGGUGUCGUUAAGAAGAAGUUACGAUACGAAUCUCGAUACAUGGGACACGAUACGAUAUUUAUCUCGGUACAGUGCACUUUCGAUUCGAUGUAUUUCAAAUCGAUUUGAUACAGUUCAAUAAAAAACAACAAAACUGUA